AUGGACGACAGCGAGACUUACAUGAAUAAGAAACCCACAGAAACUGACAUACAGGCUCCUUCCCGAGACUAUCUGAACUCCACCUACACCGAGCUGAACAUUCGGAAAGUCGAACACCUCCCCAAUACACAAACAGACGGUCUGAACUCCAUCUACUCAGUGGUGAAACGACCGGAAGACGAACUUCACAUCGAUGAUUAUGACGUUCCUCCCAUUGCCUCCGGACCCGCCGAAAUGUCACAGACAGACGGUCUGAACUCCACCUACUCAGUGCUAAAACUACCGGAAGACGAACUUCACAUCGAUGAUAACCAAGAACAUCCCAUUGCCUCGGGACAUGCCGAAGUGUCAGUGGCUGCAGAGACAGGUGCGCAGAAACAGGAGCCGAAGCAGAACAUCGGAAAUCGAUCCGUCCGUAAGAUCUCCCUACUCUGUCUCGUUACGAUCGGCCUGGUCGCGAUGGUGGCCGGGCUUUCGAUCUAUGUAUCACAGACUCGACAGUCUCUGAUCACCUCCGACCGAAACUACCGGAGACUUUGGGAACAACAUCAGGAGAUGAACAGGACCCAGCAUCAAUAUCAACAGCAAGUCCAUUCUUUCCGCUAA